UCAGCCCAAGCCGUGGACGCUGAGGCUACUCGCGGGAUUAAACAUGUCGAGGAAUCAGAGGACGCCGCAGAAAAACACGGACAGUGUGGUCGAGGUGAAGAGCAAAUUUGAAGCAGAAUACCGGCGAUUUGCGCUACAGAGGAACGGCACCGUCAGCUUCCAGGAGUUUUACCGGCUGCUGCAGAAGGUGCACCACAUUCCAGGCGUUGAUGUGCUACUGGGCUACGCUGAUGUCCACGGAGACCUGCUUCCCAUCAACAAUGAUGACAACUUCCACAAAGCGCUGUCUUCUGCCAAUCCUCUGCUGAGGAUUAUCAUCCAGAGGAGAGAUGUGGACGAGCCCGUGGUCUUUGGCACGAACUCUCUGCAGAGAAGAAAAAAAGGCCUGGCAGGUCUGCGUGUCACCCAGCAGAAGAGCAAAUCAGGUCUAUUGAUCAGCCUCCCACAGGACUUCCGCCAGAUCUCUUCCAUCAUCGAUGUGGACAUCCUGCCUGAGACACACCGCCGUGUGCGCCUGCAUAAGCAUGGCACCCACAAACCUCUGGGCUUCUAUAUUCGUGAUGGUGUGAGCGUUCGUGUCACGCCACAGGGUGUCGAGAAAGUGCCUGGUGUCUUCAUCUCGCGUCUGGUUAAGGGCGGCCUGGCUGAGAGCACAGGUUUGCUCGGGGUCAACGAUGAGAUACUGGAAGUUAACGGCAUUGACGUGGCUGGCAAGUCACUGGACCAGGUUACAGACAUGAUGGUGGCCAACAGCCACAAUCUGAUUGUGACGGUCAAGCCAGCCAAUCAGCACAACAACGUGAUACACAGAUCGAGCAAAACCUCAGCUGGCAACAACUCUGCCGGCUCAGGAGGAUCCGUGCUUUCCCAGGACUCCAUUCCUAGUCCUGCCUCUCAAACCGUUAGCCAAUACAGUAACAGCAACAGUGUGAUGGAAGGGGACAGCGAUGAAGAUGAAACCGACCUCAUUAUCGAGAGUGAUAACCUGCCUGCUUAUACGUCACAUCAUCUGACCAAUGGAAAUGGCAUUGUUUCUUCAUUGGCUACUUAUGGGCAGAGGCCUCUCCCCCAGAGCGUCUCAUUGCCUAGUACCAGCUCUAUGAGCUCGCACAACAGCAGUCCCAAUAAGACAAGCAGCAGCCAAGAAAGCAUGAGAGAGGACGGCAACUUCAUCACAUUGUGAAACACCUCAAAAAUAUUUCUUAUCAUAUCAUAUGAACAUCCUCAUACAAAGUUUUUAUGCACAACUAGAACAAAGUGAAGGAUAAAUGUUUUAUGGUACUGUACCUACUGACACAAAACAUCAAGUUGAUGUUGAUCUCCCUAAGAACUCGCCCCCCAGUUGAAGGGGGGAUGUGAGCAUGGUGAGGGGAAAAUGCGGCCUGGACCGUCUCCAGAGUAAAUGUGUGCACAUCACCUCAUGGAAGUGCCUUAUGGACCCAUUUUUAUCUAAUAACUGAACAAAAGAUCAUUCAUAUCAUAUAGAGUACAUACAUUGUGCCACAACUGAUGAAGGAGCAGAAACUAGCACACAAACACACACUCUCUUCAUGGUGGUGUUGACACCUUGAUGCCUAGUCCGAUCUCCACCUGCACUAUAGUAGUGGUGGAGUCUGUGUUCUCCACCACAUAUACUCUGCAGAGACACUGGAAUGUUUAUCUGAUGCUUCCUGCAUGUCAAAAUGGCAUAGUAGCAUUGGUAAGAAUGAUGAAGAAUUUAAUAAUGCACAUGUAAUAGAGCUGUCCUGAUCCAUGAUGUAUGUGUUAUGCAUCUCUGAUUUCUGUGAUUUGGGCUCCAGGAAAUUCUGUUAGGACACACCAUGUCAUCUUUAUAGUAUCACUUAUAGUAUACAUUCUAGCUGUGGCUUUUGUAUUUGCUUCUACUUUACAGUAACUAGCUAUCUGCCUUUCACCAUACAAUCUCUUCUACAACUUGCCUUUGAUGGUGUAAUGUUGGGUCAAUUUUGCUGCUAGAUGUAAUUCAGCCUUAUAAAUCUGUCCUAUGUUUUAAAUUUCAUGGCUAAGUACACACCAAAUGUUGCCUACUGGCUAAUGAAUUGCAGCAAAAAGGAAGAGGAACAAUACAAUAAUCUACGAUCUAUAAUCUUACAUGAGGAAAUGGCAAAUCCAGUCCUAAUGACAUUUGAAAGCCAAGUUCCCUCUCUAUCAACUCAUGCUAUCAGAUUCCAUUCAUUCACUCUGUCAGUUCUCACAUAGCUCUCACUGAACUACGUUUAUGUUUAUAUGCACUAAAAUUCAGGAUCUGUCUAGUUUCAUUUCUCUCAGAACGCACAAAGUGUUUCAGAAGGUAUCGGAUACUGUCUCUCUCAGUCUGUCUCCCCAGACCUGUCUCACCUCAAGCUGCUUAAAGUGUUAUGAUCCCAGGGAUAGCUGCUUGGCCCCAGAGUUGGGUAGCCUCUCUGCUUUUGAAGCUGGCUGCCUACAUUCGCCCGCCUGGGGUUGUUAUCCACUCUCCCUAGAAAUAUAUCAAUAAUAGAUGUUUUACUCGCACUGAGAUGUGCCUCAGAGAGAGAGGGGGCCUUGACAUCUAGUGGACCCAGCUGUCUGCGUGCUGUCUGAUGUACUCUGUGUUUGUGUUUAAAAAAAAAAAAAAAAAAAAGGAAAUUCCUUUCAUGUUUGUAAAGGCUAAAAUUCAGCCUGACUGGGGAGCUGGUUCGUACAUUCCGCUCCUGAUAUGUGUGAGUGUGUGUGUGUGUGUAAAGCGAAAGAAACUCAUUUCCAAAUCACAAAUAGGAUACCGACAAUGAAGGAGAAUGGAGGAGGAACUCAACAAAAUGGAGCUGGAACAAAACUGUUGACUUUUCACCAACUUUCUGUGUUUUUAAAGUUAUUUUUCGAAACAGUAGAAGAAACGUGGCCAGCAAAAACACAUAGUAUGCCAAAAUGUUUAGAAACCUGUGGAUAGGUGUGUUCCUGGCAGGUGUAGUUUCAUCACUGGAGCCUUCUUUAUUUCCACCUCAUCAUAUUUAUUUCCACUCUAUCAUAUUAUAGUAUAUUUAAGCAGGUCUUCAAGCUGAGAAAGGCUGUAGAACUGGGCUUGUUUUGACAUACCCAGACACAACGUCUGCAAAUCUAACACCUCUGACUCACUGGGACAGCUGGAGUGAACAUGAAAUAAAAGAUGGACACAAUCGUAGGCAAAGGGCAUUUAAAAGGGAUUGGACAGCUGGAAGGGUAUUUUUGGGAGGUGGAGAUUUGUCAUCCUAGUGUGAUUAGGUUACUUAAGAGGAUAUAUUUUUAGGAGGAAUUGUCCAAAUGCACUGGUUAUUAUUUCUGAAGGGCAGUAUGAAAAGAUAUUCACGUAUUUCUCUCUGUCUCUCUCUCUCUAUCUCUGGCUAAUCAGUAUCUAAAGAUAUGAAUGGCACACAAAUUGGAAUAACAGCCACCGUAAGAAAAAGUACCAUGAACCUAAUUUUUUUAUGUAUGUAAAUGUAUGUGUAUAUAUACAAUGAGAAAAUGGACAAUUUUGUAAACUGGGAGUCCUUUUUAUUAAAAGAGCAGUAUAUAUACAGUAUAUGUGUAAAAUAUGGAAAGUAUUUUUCUUAUUCUUGUACUUUUGUAUGUAUAUUGGAAUCCAGGAGAAGACGUUUCUAUUUCUUUUGCGUGUGAGGAAGCAAACGGAAAGCUGAAGAAAUCUAUGAUUUUAUAAUCAGAUGGGUGGAGGUGUAUCAUACUGUGAAUGCAAAUAUGCGAAUUUUAAAUUGUUCUAUGGAAAUAAAAGUAUUCAAAACAAUGCACGUUUACUGUCUUGUUUAGGGUUUUUUAAAAAUGCCUGUUUAAAUUAACCUACUUAAUUUAAGUCACAAUUUGCAAGGUUUGUCUAUGAAUUGAUAAAUAAAACAAUUUGACAAAGCUAAAAAAAGCAUUUUGACACUAAAACCCAAAAGUGGCCCUCUUCCAGCUCCCCCAGCACACAUAUAAAACAGGAAUAAUAAACCAAAUGAAGCAGAAUAUCCAGAAAUAUCCAGUUCAGAGCCCUUCACUUCCCAACACUUAGGACUACUUUUCAUCAGUUACAUGAUACACUGCAUUAAUCAUGAAGUGUUCCUACCGGAAGCACUUGAACAAAUUUUUCCUGAAUCUGUGUUUUGAAAACACUUUUUUCAUGUAGUAAUGUUUUAAUAUACAAUAUUAUGAUAUCCAGGAACCUGAUAAUAAAACAGCAGGUAGCUAUAGUGUUAUGGAAACGGAAUAUUAACACAUGCCUAAUCAUAUGUGGGUAGAACUGCGGAAGUGUUCAAUGUUAGCAGAGCCUUUUUCACACCUUGCCUUCAGGCUCUCAUUGACUCCAAACUGUUUAAUCAGAAUACAAUUCUUCACUUUGUUGAUAAAAUUAGGAGUAGCUAUUAAGAGCUUGCUACAUAAAACCUAAAUCGAAGCAAAUCAAAUGUUAUAUUUUUGAAUUACACCAAAAUGGCUUAUGUUCUGAAAAUAAAAAACAGAUUCAGUUCCUUAUGGACAGCUUGUAGUGAUGGCUCAUCGAACAAACUUACUUAAACUAAUAAAGUACUGUAAUGGCCUUAAUAUGGCGGCCAUGGUCUCCAAGGGAAAAUAGAGAAGGGAAGUCAACAAAGGUGUACAAACCCUGAUUUUUCUACACUACCUUUCCAUUUUAAUAAGAAACACUAUGGCCCCCUCUACUGUUAAUCUGUGGAAGAAGACAAAUUCCUCUAAGACAUUGUGUAGCAUUAGAAUUAUACCCUGGAUAUGUUUAUUUUAUUAUAGAAAAUAUCUAUUAUCUAUUUAUAUAUGAACUAAUUUUUGAAAGAAUGGUAUUUCUCUCAAAAUAUGCACCAAAUUAUUGACAUCCCUAAUGAAAAGGUUAAAUAAAAGUCCCCAGGAACACUGUUGUUGCUAUACCUGGUUUCCCUGGAGUAUAAAUAUAAGGUUGUACACAGGGAAAAUCUCUUUGUCAUCCAUUACCAUGGGAAGAACCAAAGAACUUUACACUUGAAAGAGAGGUUGUUUUCUAGUUGUUUAUCUGGUAAUGGAUAUAAAAUACAUAAGCAGAUAAAAAUACUAUUAAGCACAAUUAUGGCCAUAAUAAAAUUUCUUGUAUCUGAAACAGGUUGAAAAUUUCCAAAAAUUGGACCAGUGAGUACACUGUCCCCCUGCACAAAGAAAAAGAGAAAAGCGACCAAAGAUCACAAUUUUGGAAUUACACAGAUUAGUUGAUUCCUGCUGUUGUCAACUGUUAAAUGCCACAUUCAUAAUAAGUUGUUUGGAAGCACUGCAAGAAAGAAGCCCUUCCUGAGAGCACCUGAACUUCACCAUGUGUCAUUAGAGCUACAACUGGCAUCAUGUGUUUAGGUCAUGUGAAACCAAAAUCUUUUUUUUUGGCAAUACACACCAUCAGCAUGUUUGGUGACAAAAAGCAACUAGAUGUAUUUAAAAAACAAAAAACAAAAAAAAAAAACACCUGAUUCCCAUUGUAAAAUAUGGCAGUGGAUCAGUGAUGCUUUGCAGCUGGUGGUUCAGGGGCUCUUUUAUUCACCGAUUGAUGGCAUCAUAAAUUCUUCCAAGUACCAAUAUAUUUCAGUCAAAAACCUGGUUGCCAGAAGGUUCAAGGCAAUAGAAAGCACAACAAGAGUUGAACAUAGUCUCUAGCUUUGAAACGUAGUUAUAACCUGUGGUCUGAAUUGAAGAGGAAAAUGCACACGAACAGAACUAAGAAUACAAAGGAGCCUAAACAUGUACUAGAGUGGACCGGGAUACAUCUAAAAGUUUCUCCAACCUUGUUAAACAUUACAGGAAGAGACUCAAUGCAGUUAUUCUCUAGGGCAGGGGUCACAAAAGAUUAAUUGUAAGGGUGUCAAAAAACUCGCAAUGGGUC